AGUGACAGCAGAGAUAGAUCGCGCCGGGACAGCCGGUCGCGAGACCACGAGCGCAGCAGAACGCGCGAAAGCCAAGGGCGCUACACGACGCCACGCACCGAGUCGUACUCGUCGUCGUCGCGCCACUCUGCGUUGCGCAUGUCGACACCAUCGACGUGGGCAGAAAAGCCGUCGCCGGCGCCGAGCUCGUCGAGCCGGUCGGGUCUCGGGCUCAACGCGAGCGACUGGGAGGAGCCGGAGCAGCUGCACUCUGCGAGCAUGUCCCACAGCGAGCAGCGCACGACCAAAGCGUCCGAGUGGGAUGCGCCAACACCGUCGCCGAUGCGCGUCUCGUCGUCGCAGCCCUCGAGCACCCGCUCGUCGAGCGCCUCGACGUCACAGCGUCACGCCGACAUGAUCGCCAAGGAAACGCGCCAUCGUCUCGGGCGCGGCGACUACGCCAAGAAGGAGUACGACGACGCCGACGAGGAGCGCUUUGAUCGCGAGUUUUACCUCCGGGACGAGGCCGACAAUUACGGCCACGAGUCGGCGUUCCUUGGCAACGCGGAAAAGUUUCGUAAAAUCGAAGACGACAUGCUCAAGAGCCGCCAGCGCGGCGACCUCAAGCUGCGUGGCAAGUCGGCCCGCGCGUCGGCGCUCAACCAGGACCAGGAAGCGUGGGAAAACAACCGGCUCUUGACCAGUGGUGUCAUGGCCACGACAGAAGUCGACACGGAGUUUGACGACGAGCUCGACGCGCGCGUGCAAAUCAUGGUGCACAACACCAAGCCGCCGUUCCUGGACGGCCGCGUCUCGUUCACGACGCAGAUGGAGAUGGUCGCGACGGUCAAAGACGCGACCUCGGACAUGGCCGUGUGUGCGCGCAAGGGCAGUGAGCUCCUCCGCGAAGUCCGUGAGCAGCGCGAACGGUCCAAGAUGCGCAAGCGGUUCUGGGAGCUCGGCGGGUCCCGCAUGGGCGAUGCCAUUGGUAUCCAAGCGCCGGACGCCAACGUCGACGAAGACGGCAACGCGCUCCCGCCCGAGCUGGCGGACGCCCCGCGCACGGGGCCGCAUCCGGACGAUGUCAACUACAAGGAAGAGUCGCAGUUCUCGUCGCACAUGAAGAAGAAGAUUGUGGCCGUGAGCGACUUUGCCAAGAGCAACACGAUUGGCGAGCAGCGGCGGUACCUCCCGAUCUUCCAGUGCCGCAGCGAGCUCAUGCAAGUGAUCCGCGACAACCAAAUCGUCGUCAUUGUCGGCGAGACGGGCAGUGGCAAGACGACGCAGCUCACGCAGUACAUGCACGAAGACGGGUACUCCAAGUUUGGCAUGAUUGGAUGCACGCAGCCGCGCCGUGUCGCUGCCAUGUCGGUCGCCCAACGUGUGAGCGAAGAGAUGGGUGUCACCCUCGGCGAAGAAGUUGGGUAUGCAAUUCGUUUCGAAGACUUGACGUGCGACAAGACGAUCGUCAAGUACAUGACCGAAGGCGUCUUGCUCCGCGAGUCCCUUCGCGAGUCGGACCUCGACAGCUACUCGGCCGUCAUCAUGGACGAAGCCCACGAGCGUGCCCUCAACACGGACGUACUCUUUGGCAUUCUUCGCAAGGUGGUCCAGCGCCGGCGCGACUUUAAGCUCAUCGUGACCAGUGCGACGCUGGAUGCCAACAAGUUUGCCACCUUUUUUGGCGGCGUCCCGCUCUUUACGAUUCCCGGCCGCACCUUCCACGUCGACAUCAUGUACGCCAAGUCGCCCGCCGAAGACUACGUUGACGCGGCCGUGAAACAAGUGAUGACGAUCCACCUCAGUCAUCCGCGCGGCGACAUUCUAGUCUUUAUGACGGGCCAAGAAGACAUUGAGGCCACGUGCUACUGCCUUGCCGAGCGCAUGGGCAAGAUUGACGGCGCGCCACCCCUCAUGGUGCUGCCCAUGUACUCGCAGCUCCCGGCGGACCUCCAGGCCAAGAUUUUCGACGCGUCCGACGUGCGCAAGUGCAUCGUCUCGACCAAUAUCGCGGAAACGAGUCUCACGGUCGACGGUAUCCGCUACGUGCUGGACCCGGGCUACUGCAAGAUCAAGGUGUACAACCCGCGCAUCGGCAUGGACGCGCUGCAGGUGACGCCGAUCUCGCAGCAAAACGCGAGCCAGCGCUCGGGCCGCGCCGGUCGUACCGAGCCAGGCGUCUGCUACCGGCUCUACACGGAGCGUCAGUUUUGCAACGAGAUGAUGGAGGCCCAAGUGCCCGAGAUUCAGCGCACGAACCUCGGGUCGAUCGUGCUCUUGCUCAAGUCGCUCGGGGUCAAGAACCUUCUCGAAUUCGACUUUAUGGACCCGCCGCCGCAAGACAACAUCACCAACUCGAUGUACCAGCUCUGGGUCCUCGGCGCGCUCGACAAUACGGGCGAGCUCACCGAGAUGGGCAAGAAAAUGGUGACGUUUCCGCUGGACCCGCCCUUGGCCAAGAUGCUGCUCUUCUCGGCCGAGCUCGGCUGCAGCGACGAAGUGCUCAUUGUCGUGUCGAUGCUCUCGGUGCCGAGCGUCUUUUUCCGUCCAAAAGACCGCGAGGAAGAGUCGGACGCGGCGCGCGAGAAGUUUUUUGUGCCUGAGAGCGACCACCUCACGCUCCUCAAUGUCUACAAGCAGUGGGUGUCCAACAGCUACUCGAACGCGUGGGCCAACGACCACUUUAUUCAUGCCAAGGGCAUGCGCAAGGCGCGGGAAGUGCGCGAGCAGCUCAUCGACAUCAUGAAGCAGCAGAAGAUCCCGCUGCUGUCGUGCGGGCCGCACUGGGACGUGGUGCGCAAGGCGAUCUGCUCGGCGUACUUUUACAACUCGGCGCAAAUCAAGGGCAUCGGCGAGUACGUCAACAUGCUGACGGGCAUGCCGUGCAACUUGCACCCGAGCUCGUCGCUCUUUGGUCUCGGCUACACGCCCGACUUUGUCGUCUACCACGAACUCAUCUACACGACCAAGGAGUACAUGCAGUGCACGACGUCGGUCGAAGGCGAGUGGCUCGCGGAGCUCGGCCCGAUGUUCUUCAGCGUCAAGGAAAGCUACAAGUCGCGGCUCCUCAAGCGCGCCAAAGAAAAGACGGAGCGCGCUGACAUGGAGCACGAGAUGUCGAUGCAGCACGAGCGCGAUGCGUUCGAAGCCGACCGCGCCGCCCGCUCCGCGAAGCGCAACAAGGACAAGGCCAAGCUCGCCAUGGUGACGCCGGGCCGCGCCAACAAGCAGGCCAAGACGCCGCUGCGUACGCCGUUGCGCUUUGGGUUUUAAGGCGUGCUCUAUGCAAUCUGUAUCUUUG